GCUUUUCGUGGCUUUGUUUGGCUAGACCUGGAAGGAUGAGGCCGGUGUUCUGCGGAAAUUUCGACUACGAUACUCGCCAAUCGGAGCUGGAGCCUUUUGGCAGAUAUGGAAGGGUGGACCGCAUCGACGUGAAAUCUGGGUAUGCUUUUGUUUAUUUUGAAGAUGAACAUGAUGCUGAAGAUGCCAUACGAGGCCUUGAUGAUAUUCCAUUUGGCUAUAGUAGGCGCAGGCUGUCUGUUGAGUGGUCAAGGCAAGGAGAACGUGGUCCACGACAUGGCUUUAGGUCAAUGACAAACAUGAGGCCCACUAAAACACUUUUUGUUAUCAAUUUUGAUCCAAUCCGGACUAGGGUCAGGGACAUUGAAAGGCAUUUUGAACCUUAUGGGAAGAUUUUGAAUGUUCAGAUCAGGAGGAACUUUGCAUUCGUGCAGUUUGAAACCCAGGAGGAAGCCACAAAGGCCCUUGAAUGUACAAAUAUGAG